AUGAGUAACCAAGGGUUCGUUGGAAUCAAAUUCUGUCCAGAAUGCAACAACAUGCUUUACCCAAGAGAAGAUAAAGAACAUAGACAGCUUAUGUAUUCUUGUAGAAAUUGCGAACAUAAGCAACUAGCAGAAAAUCCUUGUAUUUAUGUCAAUAAAUUAAUGCACGAAGUCGAUGAAUUAACUCAGAUAUGCGCUGAUGUAGUCUAUGAUCCAACAUUACCAAAAACGGAAGACCAUCCAUGUCCCAAAUGCAAUCACAACUUGGCUGUGUUCUUCCAAGCCCAAACAAGACGCGCAGAGGAAGAAAUGCGAUUAUAUUAUGUGUGUAUGAACACAUCUUGUGGUCAUAGAUGGACCGAAUAG